AUGCAUAGCCGUUUCCUCGCUAUCUAUGCUCUCGUGGCCGGGUUAGCAAUAGCAACCCCAACGACCCCAACAUCGGACAACAUUCCACCUCUCCUCUGCGGUUCAGGCGACCUCUUCUGUUGCAGCCAGUUCGUUGAACUCGGUAACAUAUCUCCAGCGAUCAACGCCAUACUCGAGUUGCUCGGUAUCGACUUGGACAACAUCGUCUCACCGUUUGGCUUCGAGUGUUCGUCGGAGAAUCUCCUCACCGCCAUCGGCUGCAAAGGGACGAAUGCAUGUUGCUCGGGAACCAACUUCGCUGGUCAGAUCAUACUUGACUGCUCUGAUGGGUUGCUCUGA